AUGCAAUUUAAAUUGCACGAGUCUGGGCAUUCUAGCAGUAAUCUUGAUACGCAUGAUGGAGCAUUGAUUAAUGGCAUCACCAUCACGUUUUCAGUGGUUCCAACAGCAUUUCGUCGCGAGAAUGGAAGUAUAUUUAUAAUGAAUUUCUGUGUAGCAUCGUGA